AUGUCAAACUACUACUCCUCGCAACAACCGCAAUACCCGCCCGGCGCCGCCCCCAACGCCGCGCAAAACCUGCAGUUCUUCCCCUCGCAAUACACCACCCCCGGCGCCGCGACACCGCAGCAGCAGCCCGCCGCCUACGGAUAUGGAAACCAGGGCGGCUAUGGCGUUGGCGCUCCCCCUGCACAGGGCUUUGCGUCGCCUGGGUUUGCCGCGCAGGGCGUCUCGGGCAGGAUGGGGGAGCAGGGCGGUUUGAGGACUGGGUGGGUUGCUGCGUUUUCGUCAGAGGGCUAUGAUGGCGAGCCGCCUUUGUUGGAGGAGCUGGGCGUUAACUUUGGACAUAUCCAGGCAAAGACGCUUGCUGUGUUGAACCCCUUCCGUCGAAUCGACUCUCACAUUAUGGACGACUCCGACCUCGCAGGUCCGCUCAUCUUCUUCCUCCUCUUCGGCUUCAUCCUACUCUUCUCAGGCCAAGUCCACUUCGGCUACAUUUACGGCCUGGCCGCCCUGGGAUCCAUCACCCUGCACGUCAUCCUCUCGCUGAUGUCGCCCUCAGACGCCGGCGCACCACAGGUCAACAGCUACCCACAGUACAGCAGCGAUCCCUCCACACCAGGGCAACCGGACGGACAGCACGGCGGCCACUUCUCCGCGACAUUGACAUACCCCCGAAGCGCGAGCGUGUUGGGAUACUGCCUGCUGCCACUCGUAGCGACCAGCUUGUUCGGAAUCGUCAUGCGAAUGGAUACACCCAUCGGCAUUGUCUCUACAACUGCUGCCAUUCUCUGGUGCACGUAUAGCGCGAGCGGCAUGUUCUGCGCAGUAGGACAGAUGAAGCGCAUGCGUGGACUGGUUGCGUAUCCCCUGGCGCUGUUCUACGUUGGCUUUGGCAUCAUGGGUAUUUUCAGCAGCCGAGGAAGCGGUACGCUGUCCAACGUCGCUGCUAAGCUCAACACCUAA